CCCCGACAAGUGGUAUCACCCCCCUCUCCUCACGUCAGCGACGCGUGCACCAUGAGGAUUAUAUUGCUGGUAAUCCCGGCGUGUCUGCUCGCCCUAACAAACGCGCGGCGGGUGCAGAUCCGGCCCCGAGUGACGGAACCUCAAGUGUACUACGAGGCGGAGGACAACCAAGCCGCCGAGGACGACUUCGACAGCGUGGCGGUUUACCAACCGCGCACUCGCGCUUUGCCAUCGCCACGAUCGAAGGACACGCUGCACGGGUCCAAGCCGCCACCGGUGCAGACGAUCAGGAACUACAACAAGGUCAACGAUGACGGGUCCUUCACCUUCGGCUACGAGGCGGCCGACGGUUCCUUCAAGGAGGAGACUCGCGGCACCGACUGCGUUGUGCGUGGCAAGUACGGUUACAUCGAUCCGGACGGUAACAAGAGAGAGUUCACGUACGUGUCGGGUAAUCCAUGCGACCCCAACGCGCCUAAAGACGAGGACGAUCUGUCGGACAACAAGGAUGAAGAGGAAGUCCCUGGGCCGGCGAAUUACCCCGCUGUGAGGCCGGUGCCUCGACCGAUUCCGGUGCGACCCUCGUAUCAGCCAUCCACCACGCGAGCACCCACCACGAUCUUCCAGACGGAGUAUCAACUUCAGGACGAUGAUGCGAGCCAGGAGCUGACCGAGGACGACCUGAAACCGCAACUGCGACCCACCGCUUUCAGAAGACCGACGACCCUGGUGCAGGUCACGCCGUCCACCGCCAUUUACGAGUCCUCGACGGCGUCACCCAGUCCAUCCCUCUAUAGGCUAGCCUCGACCCCCCAAUAUCAGACCACCGCGUCGCCCGUUCUGCGCGGUCAGCCCACGAUUGCCUCAAAUGUCUAUCAACCCCUCGAGACGACCACUCGACGACCGGUCACUCGCCACCCCAGGCCCCAGUCGGUCGCGAUCACCCCACGACCCCACGUCGCCCAAGUGGCUGCGCAAUAUGUAUCCCCGAGUAGCACCGAGCGCCCAGGCGGUCUCAUCUACGCCCAGACCCACCCCACAGCGUCGCCACAUCUGCGUACGACGACCGCCGCCGCUAGCACCCCUCAUCUCGACUUCGCCGCCGAGCUUGAGCGUUACGUGAACACAGUCGGCUCGCACGUGUCCGCCGCGCCCCCCGUUACCUCCGCGAGGCCCCAUCAGAUCCACCAAGCGUCCCAAACCGCCCCAAGAGUCAAGCCUGCCGCAGCCGCCGCCGCCGAGCCCAUCUACCAGUCGGAGCUCGUGUACGAUCCCGCGACCGGUCAGUACAAUACCCAGCUUUAUCAGACACUGCCCCAAACCGUGGGUGACUUCAGCCUCAGUCACAAACUCCAACCGUUCGUAGCCCAGCCCCAGUCCCUGCAGCUCGGUCUGCAGCAGUUGCAGCAGCUACAGCAGCAUCAGGUCCAGCGGCCAAGCCCGGUCUACAAGCCGGCCCAGUCGGCGCCCGCCCCGACCGUCGCCCAACCCCAGGAAGUCCUCUACAGGAAGCAGCAGGCGCAGCUGUUGCAGCAAUCCCAGCAGCUGUACGCGCAACAACAACGCCGCCAGCAACAGCAGCAGCAGCAACAUCCGCACAGGCUCCAGUUGCUCGAGUCGCAGAGGGAACCCCAGGCGUUCUAUUACGUGGCAGCGCCCUUGAAGGGCUCCGCCAGCAGCUCGUCCCUCUCAGUAGGUCAGAUCGAUCAGUUUCUCCGCGGUAGCGGCGCCAAUUAUUGACGCGGUCGUCGACGAUCCUCCUCGAUCGCGCCGUUUAACAACACCCCACCAUCCACCCCCCCGAAUCCUCCUCGAAUCGCCCUCGCCCUCUGCCCCCGCGGGCCAAGUCGCCGUGGGAUCUCGCGCUGGUAGAACGUAAAACGUUCCGCGCGCGUAUGGAGGGUAUUAUAUAUAAGUAUAUGCAUUUUAUAUACAUAUAUAUAUAGUCUACAUGUAUAUUAUCGUAGAGACGCGCGACACGCGCGCUGGGAUAUGUAUGAAGUAUAUUGCCGAGAGCGAAUGGCACACACGUACACACGCAAUACACACAUACACAGACACACACGAGCGUCUUGAUGCGUGGGGAACAUGUGCGCGAUAUAUAUUUGGCAUAAUCCGCGCUCUUCGCCCGCGAACACAGAUGCGGCAUAGGGAUUUCUAACAUUGCGAUGCAUGCCGCGGAUAUUCGUUGUCAUUGAUCGUCGCAUCGAUCGCGUAAAACCGCCGAUCGCGUGUGGAUCGUUCGCGAAUCCUUCCGCAAUUCUCGUCUCUCGCUGCAAACGUGGGAUUCUUCGUAUCAGCCUGUUCUCUCGGUAAUGCUUUCGUGUCUCGACAAGCAUACACGACAUUAGCGUGUCAUAUCCGUUCGCGUUUCCGUCCAACGAGCGUCUCGAAGCAUUUUUUGCGCUACUUCCGCCCGAUCAGCGAACGACAAUAUGAUGCGUUAAUGGCGAUGAGAUCAGAGAACGAUUCGUUGAAUAAUUGAAAGAAUUAAUUAAUAUCACGUAGGUGAUAUUGGAUGAAGGAAUCGCGCGUGUGAUUACGCGGAUGUUGGCAGUGAAUGAAAAAUAGGAGAAGUUCCAAAAUUAGAUCUUCGUUUGUAUAUCUGAAAUUCGCGAUUUCUCAUUCGGACAAUCUCGUCGCGAUUAUUCUUUCGUUUGUACGAGCAAGAAAAGAUCAAUUCAAAUGAGACGGUGACCGUAAAUCGUUUCGGUUCGCGUUCGCAGCGGCGAAAUUUGAUUGAUUCGCGCAUCGCGUUAACGGCGAACGGGCGUUUCUCUCGUUUCUCAGGCCGAGAGCAUUUCUUUCCAGCCUAGUAUCUCUCUCUUUCUCUUUCGUAUACACGUGUAGCCAAGUGUAGGUUUACGAGGCACGUUAGAGAGUGAAAGCCAACGACCUGACGCAAUACUCACGCACGCGUACGAUGUAUUACCGUGGCAAUUUCUCGCACCGGUCCCCAACACCGUACUAACGUACAAAGGAGGUUCCGCGACGUUAACGGAACGCUCGUCGACGCGGACCUUUUAUGCACGGGAUCCUAUAUAAGCCCAAGCCGCGUAAUAACGUUCGAGCGCUCGAUUACAAAACAUCGAUCCGCGGUGCAGAAUCGAGUCGCAUGAAAGGCUCAGUGAAACGCGAUCAAACGGAAGGGAAUAAUUAGGAUCGGAUCCGUCCGCGUUUCCAGAUACUUUCGAUCGACCGCGCAAUGUCGAGGCAAUGUUGUUGCGCGCCACGCUAUCGUGUCAUACAUCAGAAGUGCAUUCCGAAAGGAAAACAUUAUUCAUUCCUUUGCGUUCGAUUCAUACGGUCUCGUGCAAAAUUCCAAGAUUAAUCACGAGAGGAAAGUGCUACAAGAGGCAUUGAUUACAUAAUUACAUCAAUAUUGUACAUUACUUAGAUUUUAUCAUUUGAUCAUUAUUUGUUUUAAUCAAAAUCAUAAUUCAGAAUUUUUUCAAUCUGUUCAGUUUUGUUUUAGAUUGUCGUGCAAGUCUUCGUCGCGGAAUGACAUAACGUCGCGAUAGGAGUAUCUCAGGACGAUCUGAUGUUCCGCGACACGGUACAUACUCUCUCGCGCGUGUGAUCGCGAAUCGGAGUUUCCAGAUUUGACGUGUUGUUACGUUACUCGAACCGCGUGCCGUUCGCGUCUCGACCGGCGGCUAACGAUUCCGAUGUCCGAUACCGCGAACGUCGCUAGGAAGUGUGCUCGGCCUUUUGCAACGUGGAAUUUUGCAAGCCUGCCGCGAGCAGGGUUCACCGCGCGAGCCCGAUCGUCGAGGAAACCACAAUACGCUCUUAUUGGCGUGGUCUGGUUCGCGUAGGGACAACAUUCUAUUCGCGCCUGAGCCGCCGCCGUCGACUUUCUAUUUGCAUUCUCUGUCACAAGUGUGAGAAUCGAUUCGAGACCAAUGCGUCCCGCGGAAACGUAUAUCAAAUCCGGGAAACGGCAGCGGGCCGCGCACGCCGACGAGAAUCGUGAGCUCUUACCGCGACGUUCGCAGUCGUUAAUUAUUCUUACGUGGACGUAAGACUCAGGCACGUAUCGUUCGGUCAUGAAUUGCGCACGUUCGAAAAUCAAUCUUUCUAUUCAACGGAAUGGAUUGAUGUUGGAUCCAUUGGAAGAUGAAUCCAAUUUGCGUAAUUCAAUUUGCGAUUAUCAAGAGCCAUCAAUUCUGCUUGAUGCUUGACGUAACGCUUCGCUCUGGCCUCUGGUAUUUGUGACUGAAAGACGUCGUGCUGAACCUUCGAUUAAUAUUAUUAUUAUCUUAUUAAUAUUAUUAUCUAGCUCCAUUACGAUCCGUACUCGCAAACGUAUCCCAAAUCGCGAUUCGGCGGCUGAAUCUGCAAACACUUGCGCGUUUCCGAAGGAGGCGCUUGCACAUCGGCAAGGGAUGCCUCGAUCGACAACCCCCAUGAUUUAAUCGCGAUCACGCCGUAGCUGUGACCGGCUGAAAGCAACGAUUGCCUACUCAUUAUUGUAAAUAAUAUUUGUUAGCGUUAAUGCAUAUAGCGGCUACUUAGCAACCUAUACGCACGAUAACUGCGAAUAGAUCCUCGUGGAGAAGAGUCUUCACGUUACGUCAGUUGUUUUUCCUUUUUUUUCUUUUUUAUAUUAUAUUUGUAAGAGUACUCGAAAGAAAAAUGUCACUGCGGAAAUCUGCUGCGCCGUCACUUCAUUUACCCCGAUUCCCAAGUAUCAUUCAUCCACUUUCGCUCGUUGAGACACGCACCGUGGGCCCGAAAUAUCAGCACGCACGAAUAGAAACUCAGGCGUGUCGAGCGCUCGUUUUCAUAAAAUCACAACCGUGGCGGAUACUCGCGACAAAUGUGACCGACUCCGCUUCCGCGUUCCUCCAUAAAUCGUCGAUUGCGGAACGACGGUGUACCAUGAACCGUGCGACUUAUAUCUUAAUGUUACACGAGGAAACCGAAGACACGCCUGUUUACUAUCUCAUAGUUAAACGCGUAUAAUUAUUUAACAAUCAAUCUAACGCCGCAUCGACAAUGAGUCAUUAUCAAAUUAAAAACUCAUAUAAGAUAUAAGAAAAUUACAAGUUAUAAGCGAAUUCUCAUGAAUAACAACCGCAACGGACAGUUUAAUGAAAAGAGAUAAAUACUUAAGCGUCAAUGGUCUUUUCCUUCUUGAUUUCAAAAGAGUUUUUUCAUAGAUACUCAAAGAUUAGCUUCUCCUUUCAACCGAGCUUUUCACUUCUCAUUGAAUGAAAGUACUUUGCUCGCACGCGAAAAAUUUUAUCUCGCACGAUUCGUUCAGGAAGCGGAUCCUUCGUGGUUUUCAGAGUUGCUGGACAUUUAAACGUGCAAUUCUCGUGAGAUGAAAUGUUGACUGACUGACGUCCGAUCCGUUCUCCAUUUCGUGCCGCGGAACCGAGCGAGUGGACAACGCUUCCGCUCGAGGAAGAAAUUAGGAAAGUAGGAAAGGCCGCAUGCGCGAUUACACGUGAACGUCGUUACAUCACGAGAGUAUGUACGAACUACGCGUUUAUCCACCUGCGGCGUUUUCUCCGCUCCGAUUAUGAAUCACGUGCCGUCAUGAAAUCACCGUCAUGAAACCGCGGGCGAUCAUGCGCAUUUAGUGCUCGUAAAUCCGAGCUAGAUUAUUGUGAGAUUAUAUCUUGCGAUUUGAUGCAAUGAUAAUCGAUUUGAGGAGGAGACGUUCGGGCCUCUAUUCGUCAAAGCAGCGACUUUAAUUGCUACUUUCCGACGUUCUCGCGGAUGCUUCCAUUAUUUCGCGCCUCGCGUUUGAUUCGACUUGUCUUCCUGCUGCGCAUUUUAAGAAAGGGAAUUGUUUCCUGAAAAGGUUAAAUAAAUCUCACAUCUCAUCGGACUGUACUAUCGUCACCAUUAUCAAAUCAACGUCGAUAUGCAUAAUGACCGUGCAAGACGUUAGUCUCGCCUGAAAGGUAAUCUUAAUGAAAUGUCAGUUUCGACGACGCAGCAUUUCGAACGCAGGAUUUGCACGCUUUCGUAACGUCGUUAAUAAUAAGUCUAAAAGAGUUUUUACUAUUCGAAUAUAUACAUGUAUAAUGAACGUUCGUUCUCAAGCACUGUCAAGCCGAUGCCUCAAUAAACAGAGAUAUACAUUAUGCGCGCGCAGAUUCCAUUUUGCGGUAAAAGUGGUUUGCAAGCGCCCCGGUGAAAGUCAUCGAAAAUGAAAGAGUCGAGCGAAGUAUAUUAAAUCAAACCACGCCGAACGGCUUUAUACACGCGAGACUGCCCGCUGCCAAGUGUAUUAUCUAAUUUUUGAGACGAGUGCGCGAGCGCGGAUACAAUCGCGAGAGUAAAUUGUAUCAAUGAUUUAUACGUCGACAAGAUCAUGUUCUAUCUAUCAUUCUAUCAGUUCUAUCGACUCGUGUAGCCGUGGAACUCCCUGUUACAAAAUAUGCGCAACGGAAGAACGUCCAGAAGAACAUUUCGCCUGGAAUUGCAAUGUACGUUUCGCCACUUUUGUAAAUGUAUCGAUAUGCAAAUAGGUGGAAAUAAAUAAAGGUUUGAUAACGAG